UAGUUUAAUACAAUCUCCAAGCAGUGAACAACUACGAACAGUUUAACUCAGUGCAGCGAUUUUAACAACUAGGACUCUAAGAGCAUCGAAAAUUGAACAGGACAAUCAUAACAUAUCUGACAGUCAGCAUAAAAAGCCGGCGGUAAUCCAUCACAUCAACCUGUCAAACGUUUAAAUCCAGCGUCGCUACACACAGCGGCAUCCAGCGGCUUCCUGCGGAAUUGUAAUUCGACGCCUGCGUGUCGGCCGACGCCGAAACCGCACCCCGAAUGGACGCCAGUACGUUGGCAACCAUGGACAAGGAUGCUCUGAAAAAGCAGAUCGAGAACAUGAAGUACCAGGCCUCGAUGGAACGCUGGCCUCUCUCCAAGUCUAUCGCAGCGAUGCGAGAGUACGUGGACGAGAACGAGAAGAACGACCCGCUGAUCCACGCGCCCGACAAGAAGAACAAUCCGUGGGCGGAGAAAGGCAAAUGCGUCAUCAUGUAGAAUAUUCUGCAGAUCUUCUUAAGUUUCUUCAUAAUUUCGUUUCCGUUCCUGAUCUUCGUUUACGUUAAUUUCGACAGUUUGAUGUACGAAAACGUCGACCUAUACCAGAAGGCGGGGCCGCAGCUCCUCAAAUACAUUAGGUGUGCAUUCAUUCUUCCUCUGAACACGGUCAAAGUAUUUUUGACAAACAUUGUUGAUACAAUUGUUAUGUAGUUUAAAUAUACUCAUAUUUUGUGUGUACGUAAAUGAAAAUUUUUAAGAACAACUGAUACAAUCAUCGUUCCUUUCGUAUGGGUUCUGGUUUCGGGCAGUCAUCACGACCGGGUAUUUGUGGUAGCUGCGCGAAAUUCUCCCCCAUUUUCACUUGAAAUUGACGUACGCGGUACAUGGUGAACGAAGUACCGGAAUUAUCCACCCAAGCCUAUCACACUACCAUUCCAUCUGUAUGUGGAUAAACUCCACUUGGUUCCCUUGUAUCAGCUUCGUUAGUUUCGAGUGCAGAUUCGGGAUACGUUUAUUUGUUAUUCGACUCAGCCAUCGUUUAUGGUUUUUUAGGUCUUAGUCUAGUCAAUAUCUUAACUGGUACUUAACUAAGGAAAAAUCAGCCCAGAUUAUUUAAACCCGACUGUGACACAACAACAUUAGGAUUUACGUUUUUUCAAAAAUUUUGAUUUCAACAUUCAAUGCAAUUGUACAGAUUUUGAACAGCACAAUAAUAAACAGCAACUUCCAAUCAACAUCCUACUUUGUACUGUUCGAAAAGCUGCAAUUCAUCCAGUGUUGGUUUUAACAAAUUUUAGAGUCUGGCAGUAUAAAAUUGAACUAAAAUAAUUACGUUUAGAUGAAAACGUUCUAAUAAAAUGAUUACGUCUCCGGUGUUUCAAUACAAGAUCCCAUUUUAUAUUGAAACAUCCCCUAAAAUAUAAAUUUAAAAAUCAACGGAUAAAAUUAAGAGAGAUAGGUGACUGUCAUGACUAAUUUUAACAUCGGAAUGAACUUUUAACUCAAUAUUUAACUUAAACAAGUUUCAUUUAGAAAGCUUUUUAAACACGCUUUAAAUAAAAUAGUAUAAACUUAAGACUUCCACAGUUUAGUAUGUGGUUCUGUGGGAUCGUUUACAAACUAUUUAAAUAUUACAGCUUAAAAACGUUUAUCGUUGCUAAAUAUAUAUAAAUAUAUAUACAUAUAUACAUAUAUAUAUAUAUAUAUAUAUAUAUAUAUAUUGAAUAUAUACAUAUAUAUUGAAUUAAAUUAUAUUUUAGAUUUUAGAUGAUAAUUAUAAAAGUAAUGAUCAUAGAUUAGUAUCGCAUUGAAUUAUAUUUAUCGCUGCAUUUUGUAUUAGACAUGAAAUCGUUAAAUCGGAGAUAAUAGGUUUAAAAGUAAUAAAAAUAAAAGUAUUUAUCUAUAGGUUAAUAUUUACUAAUAGUUACAAAACAUGUUAAACAUAACAAUAUUGAUGAUGAAAAGGAUUUGACAAUUUUACUGGGAUUAAUCGCAUUCCAGCCAACCGAUCUAGACGAAAUGUAUGUUUGGGCUGAUUUUUUUAUAAAUAACUACUUUUUCGAUUAUUUAUUUUUUAAUUAUAAGUACUCUAAGAAUACUUCAAUUAAAUCUUGUCAUUUUAAAUUGUAUUGUCGUAUAUUGAGAUAAUAAAUUAUAGUAAAAUUAUUA